AUGGGGGCGCCUCAACCACCCACGUGUGGUAUGAAGGGAGUGGCUAAAAACAUGGCGGCAGCAACAGAUCCCCCAAAUGAUGAUGUAGAUCAACAAGAGGAAGAAUCUGAGGCCGUCAGCUACCCUCUGCAGGUUGAAUAUUGUGGAGUCUGUGGAAUGCCACCUGAGUAUUGUGAGUACAGCCCCACGACGGCUCAAUGUCAUGAAUGGAUGAAGAUACACCUGCCUAGCUAUUAUUCAAGACUAGUUGAGAAAGUUUGUGAAGGCGUUAGUGGACUUGCUGUCAGUGGAAAGAAACAAUCAAGAGGAGGAAAAGGAAUAAAGAAACCAAAGAAAAAGGAAGUAACCAGGUCCAUUAAUAUAAGUCAGCAGUUAAGGAGCAAGAAGAAGCAUGUGACGGUCAUUACUGGACUAAGGACUUGCGACAUUGAUCCAAGGAAGGCAAGCAAGCAAUUUUCAACUCGUUUCUCUUGCGGUAGCUCAGUCACGGGAGAAGAUGAAGUUGUGGUUCAGGGAGACAUCAUUGAUGAUAUGGUCAGCUUCAUACUGGAGCAGUGGCCAGAGGUUGAAGAGCAAUCCAUCCAUCUUGGAAAAGACAAGAAAAGAUGACAAGAUAAUUUUCGAAGACGAAUAAUCAAAAUUAAUUUUUAUCAAUAACAAAAAAUUAAUAAUAAUAAUAA